GACAUGGAGAGAUUCUUCGUGGGCUUUUGGAGGCGGGCUAAACAACCACGGACGCGCGGCGAAGCGCAAGAUGGGCGAGUUACGAGUCGCAAAAAUUAGCGACAACUUCUAUUGUGCAAUUAGAACUUAGUGUAAUGGCGCAUCACAUCUAUCCAUGUGCACCGUAACCAAUAGCUUGAUUAUUUGGCGUUUACAUAUGUCACUUCAUCGCGAUCCGCGACAUGCCAGCAAUCACGUGACCCCCAAAAGUCUGUUUUUGUCUUCGUUUGAGCAUCCGGGACCGUACAGCAGAAAUCUGCCGCAAUUUCCUUCGGUAUCCAGUAUUUUUGGCCAGGACCAACGACAACGACUGUGAGACGAUGAUGAAGAGAGAGAUUGGACAUUUGUCGAAUAAUGACGCUGUGGAUGGCUCUCGAACCAAGCGACAGAAACAAAUUGCAGACCAAGCAGCAACAGACACCGCUACAGGAAAUACGGAGAACGAAGACGCCCAGAUGGAUACUGGAGAAGGUAGCAGUUCCGGUGCAGCUGGAUUGAAGGAGCAGGGAACAAAGUUGUGGCAGAUGCUGAAGGACGUUGUCAAUAAAGAAGGCUACAUAUGCUCUCCAGCGUUCAUGCGCUUGCCCUCGAAGCGCCAUUAUCCAGAUUAUUAUGUCUUCAUUCAACAACCAAUUUGCUUGGACGAUAUCAAGCAGAAAAUAGAUGAUGGCUUAUACAACUCUAUCGAUGACAUCAGACAAGAUUUCGACCUCUGCUUUUCAAACGCCAAGAAGUACAAUCAGAAGAACAGUCGAAUCUGGCUCGAUGCCAAAUUCAUGCUGAAAUUCGUAAACAAGGAGUAUACGAAGAUGACGGGAAAGAAAGUCAAGAAGAAUGGCGAUGGAGACGACGACGAAGAGAAGCCUGGGGACGGUGCAGACGGCGAGAAGAAGAACAAACAGCCCAACUUAACUCGCCUCCUGAAAGCUAGAUUGCAGAAGCUCGUCGACAAAGCUGACGAUGAGACGCAUCGUGUGCUCUCUAACGUUUUCAUGGAGAUGCCGUCGAAGAAGGACUAUCCAAUUUACUACAAGCAAAUCAAACGUCCAAUGUGCAUAGAGACCAUUUUUAAACACCUGAAGCGCAAGGAAUAUCAAACCUCUCUAGAAUUCGCAACUGAUGUCGAGCUUGUAUUCUCCAAUGCUCUUGAGUUCAACCAAGACCACAGCCAGAUUUGGGAGGAUGCGAUCAUUCUCCGAGAUUACUUCCGCCAACUCAUGUCGGACCUACCAGAGCCGUACGCGCUAUCACAGUACACAAAACCUUCAGCAAAGAUCAAAUUAAAAGUUCCGGGGGCAGCGGCAGCGGGUGCCCCCGCUGCAGGAUCCUCUACGACUGUCACUUUUGUGUCAACCAAACCACAAGAGAAAGAGGGCGCUGGUGGAGGAUCGCUGACGCUACGUCUUCCUGCAACUGGUGGAAAUGCUAAGAGUCCAGCUCAAUCCUCAAUGUCUCAGCUGCCAGCCGGAGCUGGAGUGCCUGGUCUAACGCCUACGGCUGUUCAAGGCUCGAAACCUGUCACUGCACCUGCACCCAAACCCGCCACCACACCUCAACCGCUUGUUGCUGCAGCUUCUCCUGCUCAGCCCAGUACUCCUUUACCGACACCAGCGGUGCAAGCAGCACAAACAAAAGCCGCACCAUCGCCACAAGUCACGACACAGCCAUUGCAGUACCAACCAACGACCAAUAAACCUCAGUAUUAUCCUAAUGCCACCUAUCACCAGUACACCCACCCAGCUCCAGCUCCUCCGACACCAGCUGCUGCAAUACCAUCUACGCAGCCAGCGCCUCAAGUAGCACUGACUCGAACAUCUCAAUCGGUUUCAAGAUCGCCUGCACCUGCAUUGGCUGGACAUCGACCCCUCAAGGGUGUUUUCUUGAUAACAAGGCCUCGUGGCAGACCCUUCUGGCUUGAUCAUCGGGAUGGAGUCAAGUCCUGGGCAAUGCGACUUGGUCAAGGCGAGAAAUCGAUAUCUGUUGCAGAGAUCAGAUUCUUUGGAGAUGAUGAUGAAACUGGAGAUGAGGAAGGCGAUGGGAACGAUGAACACCCAGAUGAGGAAGAGGAGGAGGAAGAGCCCAGUCCUAAGAAGCGUGGCCGUGGCCGUCCGCCCAAGAAUCCGAAAGCGAAAGCCAAGGCAGCUGCACUAGCGAAGAAAGCUGAACAGAAGAAAGCUCAGAACGCGCCUACGCCUCAAGGGGAGAACAUAUUGAUCAACCUUAACGGGACUGCUAUGAACGAGAAGCUUGAAGAGGGCGUAUGGAAUAUGGACCUUCAAGUUGGUGAGAAUGUCUUGGAAGUUGGUGAGAAGAGUGGGCACAUAUGGAAAGUGUACUUGGAAAGAGUUUCCAUCAUAUAGCGAUUGUACUGGUCGACCUUCACUAUAGAUUCCAGGCUUUUUAUUUACCUAUAUUCUAUUAAUCUCGCUUGUAAUGCAAUACACAGUCCGUUUCCCAAAGUCCUUAGUGAGCAGCAUGAUAUAAAGUCCAAUAGCCAUCACCGUAAUGCGAGAGGAACGUCAUCGUCCGAGAAUGUCCC